CACGGCCAUAAUAGACGGCAAUAUUUAGACGGAUUAAACAUUACCAUUCGACCCAGUGAUCAUGAGGUGCACAUACAACCCACAUUUCACCUGCGUGGCGUGGAAAAAGGGCGAGGUGAAGGGGAAACAUCUGGCUGUCAUCCUGAGCUGUGUUCAACUCAUUCCCUAAACGCCCGGAUGAGAGCAGUAGGCGACAUUCAGGGGUAACAUGGUCGCAUGAGUCGGUCGACGCGAGGGUAACUAUUCCGGGUGGACGACAGCCACUGCAGGAAUCUGUGACAUUUUCGACGCAGCCCACGGAGAAACGCUUCUGGGAAAAUACACAUAGAGAUAGAUAGAGGCGUGGAGGCGAGACGGCACAGCACAUUUCUCCCCUUGUGGUGUCCUAUUUCGUUGGUGAAGGAACGUGCAGACAGACUGUCUCACACUAAGCUAUGGAAUGCUCCCUGCACCCACCAUCACUAGUCUCCAAUCUUUGGACUGAGCUCCAAACGCUUAGUUAGCGGCUGUGCUUCUCCCCUCGAACUCUUUACAACCAGGGGACGAAGAAAAGGAGCAGGCUUUCCAAGUCCUCCGCAAAAAAAACAACAAAAAACGCACAGAGCACUUCAUUUUUACAAUACAUAAGCUAGUUUUCUAUUUGUUUUACUCCUCUUGGAUUUUUUUCCCUUUUUUGUGUGGCUGAAAACAUAUCAAGAUGGAUUUGGAUAAUUAUCUGUGGAUGGUGAUUUUUGGCUUCAUCAUUGCCUUCAUCCUGGCGUUUUCGGUGGGAGCCAAUGAUGUGGCCAAUUCAUUUGGCACAGCGGUGGGGUCUGGGGUGGUCACAUUGAAGCAGGCCUGUGUCCUGGCAUCCAUCUUUGAGACACUGGGCUCAAUGCUGCUAGGGGCCAAGGUGGGCGAGACGAUUCGAAAAGGCAUCAUAGAUGUCACCCUGUACAAUGAGACCGUGCCUGUGCUCAUGGCGGGGGAGGUCAGCGCCAUGGUCGGGUCAGCAGCCUGGCAGCUAAUCGCCUCCUUCCUCAGACUGCCCAUCUCUGGAACUCACUGCAUUGUUGGCGCCACCAUCGGCUUCUCCAUGGUGGCCAUCGGCACGAAAGGCGUACAGUGGAUGCAGCUCGUUAAGAUUGUGGCGUCAUGGUUCAUCUCCCCUCUGCUCUCUGGACUCAUGUCUGGAUGCCUCUUCUUUCUCAUCAGACAUGUCAUCCUCAACAAGGAGGACUCUGUUCCCAACGGAUUGCGAGCGCUGCCCCUCUUCUAUGCCUCCACCAUCGGGAUCAACAUGUUCUCCAUCUUAUACACUGGAGCCCCAUUGCUCGGGAUAGAGAUGCUGCCGGUAUGGGCCAUCUUUCUCAUCACUUUAGCUGGGUCGAUAGUCUGUGCAGGUCUGGUUUGGUUUUUCGUCUGUCCCUGGAUGAGGAGGAAAAUAGCAAGUCGUCUAAAGAAGGAGCAAGCUUUGUCCAGGAUCUCUGAUGAGAGCCUGGACAAGAUCCCUGAAGAGGAGGAAGAGAGUCCCGUCUUUAAAGAGCUGCCAGGAGCAAAGGGCACAGAUGAAGCAGUGUUACCACUCACGGGUGGCAGCAGUGAACGGGCCACUCGCGACUUUAGUGGAGAGCUCACAAACCUGUCUAAUGGAGGCUCCAUCCUGCCAAAUGGCAGGGUCUAUGGCCGGACCCACUCAAUGACCAAUGGCUGCCUCAAGUCCCCCAUCUCUAAUGGCAGCUUCAGCUUUGACGGCCACAUGCGCAGUGAUGGCCAGGUGUACCACACAGUGCACAAGGACUCAGGUCUGUAUAAAGAUCUGCUUCAUAAAAUCCACUUGGGCCGCAUGGAUGAUAACGACCGCUCAGGCUCCAACUCGGGCCCGCCUGACAACAAUUACCGCCUGCUGCGCCGCAACAACAGCUAUACCUGCUACACAGCGGCGAUAUGCGGCAUGCCUGUCCAACCGCUCAUACGCACAGAGUCACGCGAUGACAGUGAAAAGCUGGUAGGAGAGGGAGGCGGCAGGAGUAACAGCGUGUCUUACACCAAGAAGCGGGUACGCUACGAUAGCUACUCAUCGUACUGUAACGCUGUGGCCGAGGCCGAGAUUGAGGCUGAGGAGGGUGGAGUGGAGAUGAAGCUGGCCACAGAAAUGGAGGGGGUGGAUGAAGAAGGAGCUCCUGCACCAGUGCCUCUGGACGACUUGGCUGAGGAGGAUCACGAGGAGAAGGACAGUCCUCAGGUGUUCCUGCUGUUCCACUUCCUGCAGAUUCUAACUGCCUGCUUCGGCUCCUUCGCCCACGGAGGCAACGAUGUCAGUAAUGCCAUCGGGCCUCUGGUGGCGCUGUGGAUGAUCUAUGACCAGGGCGGUGUGAUGCAGGACGCUGCCACUCCUAUCUGGCUGCUGUUUUACGGCGGUAUAGGCAUCUGUGCUGGCCUGUGGGUGUGGGGCCGCCGUGUCAUCCAGACCAUGGGCAAGGACCUGACUCCCAUCACCCCCUCAAGUGGAUUCACUAUUGAACUGGCUUCUGCAGUCACAGUCGUGUUGGCUUCCAAUAUCGGAAUCCCUGUCAGUACCACACACUGCAAGGUGGGCUCAGUCGUGGCCGUGGGUUGGAUCCGUUCCAAGAAAGCGGUGGACUGGCGCCUCUUCAGGAACAUCUUCCUGGCUUGGUUCGUGACUGUGCCCGUGGCCGGCCUGUUCAGUGCUGCCGUCAUGGCCCUGUUCGUCUACGGCAUCCUGCCCUAUGUGUGAGGGCUCACGGCUGGGAGGGAAAGCAGAGGAGGAAGAGAGAGAAAGAUAGAGAGAGAGGGAAACUUGGGUAAAAAUCAUAGCUCGAGUGUCAGGGGUUGCAGAUAAAGGAAAAUAGAGAGGAGGAAAGGGCAAAGGUGACGACGAAGAGGAGCAAACAGAGAGGAAAGUAGCUGCAGAGGUUUACAGAUGGACUUGGUUGUACUGUGGAUGUGAGGAGGGUUGGUUCACAUGCUGCCUGGCUCUGCAGUCCAGAAAUCUUUUUGACUCAUUUGAGUUUCUGAUCGGUUUUUAUUUAUUCUUUUUUUGUGUGUGUGUGCAUAAGAAAGAAAGCGUGUAACCAACGUUUUCACAAUACGAUUCAAUCUGCUGUACAUAAGAGAACAGGAGGGAGACUUUAACAAGAAUUUUGGUUGUUGGAGAAUUAGCGGCAGUCAUUUUCUGAGUUUCUUCAUUAAAAAUAAAAAAGACUUCAAAAAAUACAAACAGAUCACAACUAAAAAUGGCAUCAAAAAAGUUCAUUCUCACACCUAAACAGACAAAUAUGCCUGCGGUGAAGCUAUUAUCCUCCUGCCUGCAAUCCCGGGUAGCAUAGUUGGUCAAAUGCUUAUUAUUAUUAUUAUUAUUAUUAUUGUUCCAAAAUGCCAGAAAAAAACCCUGUACAUAUUGUUAUAUCAGAUUGAGUGUGAUUUGUUGUAUUGCGGCUUGCUUUAAAGUUAAAAAAAAAGAAGAAAAGAUGUGCGUGUGUUCAACCAACCCGUCCAUCAUCUCACUUUUAACAUGUUAGCCAGGUACAACUGGGGCCAAUGGAAAGGACGCCUCAGAGAGGGGUGGUGGGACUGUCACUCUUUUUAUUUUCCACAUGAUACCAUAGAAACCUGAUUUACUAAAGAGUUGAUUUUUGUCAAGAGCUCCUGUAUGUUUUUAGAGAUGGAUCUCAUAUUUUUUAAUGAUGUAUUAUACUGUAAUUUGUACUGUAAAUACUGCCCUUAAAGAGUUGGGGAUGGGAGGGGUGGGGUGUUUUUUUUGUUUUUGUUUGUUUGUUUUUUAAAUAUCAUUGGGUGGGGGCCUCUUCACCUCUUCAUGAUGUCAUUUACUGUAUAUACAGUAUGUUUCAUCCCAGAGGCUCACAGUAGAGUACCCAUACAUACACUCAUGAACACACACACACACACACACUUACAGGCUGCUGUUUUUCUGAAGUUGGCAGAAAUAGUAUUUUGAUUGGAAAUAAACAAAUAUUACCUGUAACAACAGAGAAAACCGCCACUAGCUGAUGAUCCUAAGGAGAUAGUCAGUAAAUUCAAGAGAGGUUGCUCUUUUUGAGAGCAGCGCCAUGCCAAAGUAAUCUUGUCGCCAUAUCAACAUGCCAACUUCAAUGUAGGAUAAUGAGGUUUAGGUGCAGCAGAAGCCAAAACACUACAACUGAAACAUUCACACUAAGGUCCGAUAAAGUGUUCACAUAUCUUCAUCUAUAUGCCUUUUUUUUCAUACGUUAAGCUCAGUUACUGGAGUCAUUUCCUCAUGUUGAAGGCUCCCUGCCAAUGAAGGACCUCUACACUGUCCAAUGUUCAGUUCAGCUGGCAUGUCUUAGUCGAGAAUGUAUCUUUCUCUGUAGCCCUGAACCUCAGUCUCAUAACUGUCCCUCAUGUGACAAAUCUGAGGUGUCUGUCUCAAGAUGCCUCCAUAAGUUGAAGCCUUGUCAUGCCAGACAGUGAUUACUGUGUCAUAUCAAACUAAAAUGAGACAAAUUUGUAUUAUAACUCAGCUAGUUAUGCAGAGGUGGCAAAUAAGCCGCACGUGUAGCUCCUCAAAAUGAGCCGGUAUUGUUUUAAGUACAGACGCAUGAAGUCUAUUGAUCACCUGUGUUUCAGUCUAAGUGCUAAGGGGGUUAACUAGAUAUCAUAGGGUGAAGUUGAGGGCUAAAUCGAAGCCUGAUGAGGGUUUUGAGGCCACUCGCGUCAUGAAAAUAUCACAAGGCUCUUGUAAUAGGAUCAUUAUGUCUGAAAGAGAUGGUAUUAGGGGGGAUAGUACUGAUCAUCACCAGCUUUUUAACAGGGUCGUCUGACCUGUAGAUGAACAAAGUCUAAAGCUUUUUUUAUUUGAACAAACUCAAUGCCAGGUGUUGCAAGAUCUUUUUUUGUUCUUGUGGUGUGUUUCCUAAUUUCUUUUUUUUUUCUCAUGAACAAAUCUAUGCUUAAGUAGCCACUUGCCUUGUAACAUUGUGUUUUAUUUUGUGCAGAUACAGUAAAUAAUUAAGUACUGUGGUGUUUACAUCGUAACCAUGUUGUAGAGUAUCUGAAAAAAAACAGUUGCCUAAUGAUGCCAAUGAAAGACAAACUAUUAACCGUGAAUUUUUAAGUGCAAGUAAAGAAAAAAAAAACCUAAAGUGUCUAGAGAGAGAGAAAGAGCGAGAGCAAGUGUGCGUGCGCUGACUUGUUUUUUGGGUUUUUUUGUUGUAGUAGUAGUGCUAAUCAUGAUCCCUGUCACUUUACACUGCUACUACAAUGCGUUAACACUACAUGUAUGGGUGCAAUUCAGUAAUGAUGAGAAUAACUAGAGAAAUUUCAUCAAGACUAUAUAUUUUUCUACCAUAUCUGAGUUUUAACCUGGGUGAGCUUCCAGACACUUUGGAGGACAUGCUGUGGGUUGUUUGGGAAAUUGGCAAACUGGCACUAGUUGUUAUAAGACCAUGAUCACAGCAACACUGAAGAAUGAUCUUAUUACAGGUCGUCUUGCCUCCUUGGUGCCAUGCGCCACACUUCCUUGAAGCCCAGCGUGUCCCUCUAACAUGUAGAUUGACGUGUCGCUUGCCAAUAGAUCAGAUUUUUAAAUUACCAUUUUUAUUUUUGAAUUUUAGAUGAAAACACUUUGUAAUUUUGUUUCCCUACUGCUUUAAUCAUGAGCUGUGAGAGCAGGACGGCAUCUUGCUAAAACCAGGACGACAGCUCACUGAAGGCGAAAUCUAGAAGCAAAAUCUUUUUUUCGUAGGUGAGAAAUUUUAAAUCGUAAACUGUUAACUGAUAACUGGACUGUGAGGACAUUUGUUUCCUUGUUUUGGCAGGUGACCACUCUUGAAGCUCAUACCCUUUUCAUCUGUGGGUUGCACAGGGGGCUGCACAGAGCUGGUGUGUUCAAAUUCUCUUAGUGGUCUUGUCAAAGUAAAGGAACCUGGAGGGGGGGAAAAAAAUACAAUUUAAAGACAUUUUAUGAUACACCAGAAAGUCUGGCCUUGUUUCCCAAUACAUCGAAGAUCUGGAGCAUGUAAAGGAUCACAUUUCCUUUAAACCAACUGCUAACAUCUAACAACAAAACAUUUGUCACCAUUUUACUGAAUGACCAUUAUAAUGAUGAAGAAUUAAUGAAUAGUAUUUCAGCCUUUUAAAAAGUCGAGGGCUCGUAGAACAAAGACGAGCCUUCAGAUUUUGAUCUUUGCUGGAUCCAUAUGACCACACUUCAGAUAUCUGGGAGAGGAAAAAGCAUCACCAGACACUGCAGGCCCACUUUGUAACACACACUUGUCAUUUUUUGUUGUUUUUCCAUGCAUUCUCAAUCCUGAUAGGCCAAAAGGGAUGCACUGCUCAAGAUGGGGAGGGAAAGUGAAAAUCGCCCUCUGGUGGCAGCGUUAAAGCAUCUUUUGAAAAAAAAAAAAGGCUUUGCAAAACUUAAUUUAAAGCAAUUUUCAUCAUUUAGCCAGGCUAAUUGGUUAAAAAUUAAAACAGUGAUGCUAUUUAGAUGUUAAAGCUGGAGUGCGUGACUUUGACAUAUAAAUGAACAUCUGUUAUAUUCAAGCCCUUGGUAAACAAGUUCAUACGAUACAGAUUAAAUCCAUCACCACCAUAUAAAUCUCUGUAUUUCAGAGUUUAUAGAGUUUUUAAAUCUGCAGUCUGUGGCGACAUUCCCACACUAUACACUGGUAGUGAUGCUACUAAUGUCAGCCAGCAAUGACUGUUCUGACGAAGAUACCCGAGGGCCGACCACCCAUUAAGACGGGUCGAGAUGCCAAACAUUAUUUAAUUUCCCCUCGGCAAAUCUAACGCGCCAGGCUAGAAGAUGUUGUAAUUUUCAGAGUAGGACUGUUAAUGUCACUUUAUCAAGUGUUUUUUUUUUUUUCAGGCAAGAAAGUAGCCAUUUAGAUUCCCAAUAUGUGCUCAGUUUAUCCAAAUAACGAGUGAUCUUAGAAGCAGAUUGAGAAAAUGUGUUUUCAGGGCCUUUAAAUGAGUCAAUCCUUAUUUAGUCUAUUCAUUUGAUCAAUUGUAAUCCUUUAAUUCGAGUAACCGAAGCUAAUUUACAAUAAUCUGUUGUGUGUACGCAGCCACUAGACGGCGCAGUUGGACACUUUCCCUCCCUGUAGAGAGAGGCAGCGUUUUAGACCAGUCCAUAUCAACUGAUCAGUAUAAAUCAAUGAGUGGUGUAAUUGCCAUUGAGGGAGUAACUGUGCUUCUACUGCAGUAUAACUGUUUUAUAACCUUUUCGUUGAGAGAAACUAGAGAAACAGAAUGUGCCAUUUUCUUCUCCCUGAAUGUGCAAUACGAGCUGUUUUUUUUCUCGUGAAGGUGCGACUACACGUUGCUAUCGAUCUGUGGUCGUGUAGCUCCACCCGCCCCGGUUUAAUAGCACCCUCUCCUGUUUUGUGUGGAACUACCACCCGCCUCACACAAGCAGAUGGGGGAGGGGGGUAUUCAGUUCAGACCUUCAUCUGGAUGUGGCGUGCAGUCUCUAGUUUUCUGGUCUGUUUUGUAAUAGAAUGUGCUCCUUGGCUGGCCUGCAGGCUUUACAGCUCUGUGUUGUCUUUUUACUGUUUACUGCUAUUUAACUGUUCAGUCCUUCAAAAAGUUAAAAAAAAAAAUAGAUAAAUAAAUGGAUUUUAAAAAAUCAAAAGAAACUUGUAGCCUGCUUCUACAAAACCUUAAAACUCUUCUGAUUUGCAUAUAUCGUACUGUAAUGUU